AUGGCGACAAAGACAAUCCAGGGUAACUCGCAAUUCCAGAAGCUCCACCCUCAACGCUGGACGUGGGAGUCCCGCAAUGGAGAGUACCAUAACGCAAUAGGCCACAUCACAGUGAAUAGGUUUUGCCUAACCCAUGUCGCUGUCUUCCCAAAAUUCUACACGGGAUCAGAAAAUCGCCACGUUCGUGCAAGAUUCUAUUUCUGGCAGAAAGGAGAAAAAGCCGCUAAUUUCAGAAACCCAAGCCCUAAAACCACUAUAAACUGGGACUUAUUCGAUUCCUCAGUCGGUUGUUGCGAAGAUGCCGUUGUCGAUAACAUCGACGAAGAAUACGAUCGGUUCAUUCAACAUCUUCACGUUAGCGCUAUGAAUGCUGAGAGUUCGGAAGUAACCAAGAGACUCAAGCUGAUACGCUGGCGCGGAAUCGUACGAACUGCAGGCAACCGCAAACUAACAUACGAGCUUGCAAAACAAUGCAGACAGGCGGUAAAAGAAGAUCUUAAAGAGAGAAGAGUAGCAGUAAUGGUCGAAGCUGCAGGGGCUGGGAAAAGCAUUCGGAAACCCCACCGAAGCCUAGCCAAUUACCAGAUCAAGGUGAUUGCAGUCUGA